AUCGAAGCACUACCUGAAGUACCCUCGAUGGUACCACCAACAAAUAAAGUUGGUUCCUAUAAGACGAAAGCACCCUUGGUGCUCUAUUGGAGGGAUGGUCUCGAUGUCGUGAAGCACCUAUUCGCCAACCCAGUCUUUGCGCCUUGUAUGGAUUUCCAGCCGUACCGGGAAUUCGAGGGCGCAGACAGUCAGCGAGCUUAUGGAGAAUUUAUGAUGCUGAUCUUGCGUGGGAGAUACAGGUGGGUGGUAUCACCAAUGAUGGGUACUUAG